CUGAGACGCUAAAGUGCGAGUCGAUUUCCUUUUUUCGCCUAGUCUGGAUUUGGGGGCUGGGGCCAGAUCCUCGAUUCCUCGGAGAUCACGGACAAAGGACAAGCAACGGGUCUCUGUCCGCGUUCAGGAGACUGUUGGAGACACCAUGCUCUGUGCAAUGUGACUUGAUGUGGAUUCGAGAAACUCCAGAAUACGCGCGACUUAACGAGCGCGAUGCCCAUUUCAAGAUAUCACUCCCCAUCUCUACGAGAAGUGGCAAGAAUGCCGCACUCUUGUCCCGGAAUAUAUAAUGGUGCUGAAUAGCCGAAGAGAGUGCUCCCCAUCAACCAGCAACUAAAACCUCCAACAACUCAAUCUACUCACCAUCAAACCUGGAAAAUGACUCACUUCCAGAAAGUCGCAAUUCUCGGGAGAGGACACCUCGGCUCAGCCGUGCUCGAAGAGCUCACCAAAGCUCAUUUCGAGGUGACUGUUCUUACUCGAGCCCAAAGUACAGCGAGCACACCUUCAGAUAAUAUCGCCGUCAAAGAAGUGGACUAUUCUUCAGCCGACAGCCUCGAAGCUGCCCUCAAGGGCCACGAUGUCGUUGUCUCCACCGUCAAUCCCGCCGGCAUCGCUCUGCAGAAGGUAGCAAUUGAUGCGAGCAUUGCUGCAGGAGUGAAGCGCUUCAUCCCAGCUGAUUUCGGGUUGAUCACGACCGACCCAGAGGCGCAGAAGCUACCAGUCCAAGGGCACGUCGUGGAAAUUCGGAAGUAUCUAGCGGAGAAAGCAGAGGCCGGCGAGCUUGAGUUUACGAUUUUUGCGGUCGGUCUGUUCUUAGAGCUGUUCCUCACAAAGCCGCUCGCAAUAGACAUGGACGAUCGGGUUGCCACCCUGUAUGAUGGCGGUGUCCAUCCGGUUAGUGCCAGCAGCGUGUCUACCAUCGGGAAAGCAAUCGCUGCCGCUUUGAAGAAGCCAGAAGACACCAAGAACCGAGUCCUCCGUGUUCACGAUAUCGUUCUGACACAACGCAAAAUACUGGAGCUCCUGAAGAAGUACUCCCCGGGAAAGAGCUGGACUGAGACGACCGUUGAUGCUUCCUCGGAGCUUGAGACUUCUCUUCAGCGUCUCCGCAACGAGGGGCCGAGUCCGGUGGCCAUUUCGGGUGUUUUCAAGGCGGCUUUCUUCUCCGGAAAGUAUAAUGCGGCGUAUGACAAUACAGACAAUGAGCUUCUUGGUCUGGGUGUCAAAACUGAGGAAGAUGUCGAAGAGAUGGCGGCUGGGUUGUUGAAGCGUUAGCUUGGAUAUUUUGUGGUAUGCCAUUGAGGCAAGAUAUUCUACUAAACAACGGUAGAUGUAUGCUUUAUGCCAAAAGAGUUUCGUUCUGUGCCCGGUCCUGUCUUGGUGCUGAUGCCCAACUAAAUGUGUGACCUUCCCACCGUGAUGCGUUGGACCUUUUUUUUCUUAGCUGAGGCUCAGUUUUCGAAGCUUGAUGGUGGUCACACUGUGUCUAAGAUGCAUCAAGUCAAUGAUGAUAUCCUUCAAGCAGAUUCUACGCCCCGCAACACGAAGGCCGAAAAAGCAAUACGGAGGCGAAACAAGCUUCGUGCAACCCUUAAAUCAGCUUCUCGUAUUUACCCCGUGUUGGGAAAUUCGGUUACACUCUUGACAUCAGAAUACGAGAAGAACGACAUCUAUAUUUGGACUGAGCUUCUCACACCAAUGAAGCAAGCACCUGCACAAGAAACACGAUCUUAUCGCAGCCGAUCUCUGCAUAACCCUUGCAGA